AUCUUUAAAAAAAAUAUGCAAAUGAAAAAGGCUAAAAUGAAAAAAAAAUUGCUUUUUUAUAAUAAGAAAACAAAACUAAAGAUUCUAUUAUUAAUGUCAAAAUUAAUGAAAUUGAAUAUAUGAAACCUGAGCUAUUAGCUUAUAACUAAUUAUAAUAUGAAUAUAAUAGUAUUUAAGAUAAUCUUAAAUAUCUUCUUUCAGAAAUAGAUAGAUUGUAAGAAGAUAAUACUAUGUAAAGUAAAGAACUAGAAGUCUGGAGAUAUAAAUAUUCAGAAUUCUAACCUUUAGAAAGUAAAAUUUAAGAUCUUUUAUGUAAAAUUGUACUUAAUAAUUGUGAAAUAGAAGCUCUCAGAUCUUAAGUUAAUAUAAAAGGAUAAGAAAAUUAAAGUUUAAGAAACUC